CACUAAUAACUGCAAAAAAAAAGAAAAAACUAAAAACCCUAAGGCACUCUUCUUCUCCUUCUCAGGUCUAAACAAAACAAGCUGCAAACUCUUCAAGCGCUUCUCCCUCUCGAUAUCUGUAGAGAAUCUAAGCUUCUGAAACCAUGGCGACCCUCGACAUUGAUUCCCGUGCUGCUCAGUUAGGGAUCGAUUGGUCUCAAGUUCAUCUCGAUUCCAUCCAUCUCCCUCCUGGAGAAAACUUUGGGAUUGAAAGUGAUGAUGAAGGUGUUUACCAUGAUGACCAGCUAGAGUUCGACACAGGGUUCGGUAAUAUCAUCGUGGUUGAUAAUCUCCCUACUGUUGCGAAGGUCAAGUUUGAGAAACUUGAAACUGUCCUGAAGAAGAUUUACAACCAGUUUGGCGUUAUCAAGGAGAAUGGGUUGUGUAUGCCUGUUGAUCCCAACACUGGUCUCACAUUCGGUUACUGUUUUAUUGAGUUUAAUACCCCUCAGGAAGCUCAAAAUGCAAAGGAGAAGACUCAUGGCUACAAGUUGGACAAGUCUCACAUCUUUUCUGUCAACAUGUUCGAUGAUUUUGAUAGGUUGAUGAAUGUCAAGGAGGAGUGGGAGGCUCCUCAAACCAAGCCCUAUGUCCCUGGGGAAAAUUUGCAAAAGUGGCUUACUGAUGAAAAAGCUAGGGAUCAGCUUGUCAUUCGUUCUGGACCUGAUACUGAAGUAUUAUGGAAUGAUCCUAGGCAGAAGAAUACUGAACCUGUUCAUAAGCGUUCUUAUUGGACAGAGAGCUAUGUGCAGUGGUCUCCUCUUGGUACGUACCUAGUGACACUUCACAAGCAGGGUGCAGCUGUUUGGGGCGGUGCUGAUACCUUCACUCGUCUCAUGCGUUAUCAGCAUAAUAUGGUAAAACUAGUUGAUUUCUCGCCAGGGGAGAAAUACCUGGUAACUUACCACAGCCAGGAACCAAGUAAUCCGCGAGAUGCAAGUAAAGUAGAGAUAAAGGUCUUUGAUGUGAGAACCGGGAGGAUGAUGAGAGACUUCAAGGGUAGUGCUGAUGAGUUUUCUAUUGGAGGACCUGGUGGUGUUGCUGGUGCCUCUUGGCCUGUUUUCAGAUGGGCUGGUGGAAAAGACGAUAAAUACUUUGCCAAGCUCAGCAAGAACACUAUAUCUGUCUAUGAGACUGAAACUUUCGGCCUAAUAGACAAGAAGUCUAUUAAGGUUGAUAAUGUGGUGGACAUGUGUUGGUCUCCUACUGACUCCAUCAUCUCACUGUUUGUUCCUGAACAAGGCGGUGGGAACCAGCCUGCCAAGGUCGCUCUUGUCCAAAUCCCUAGCAAGGUGGAGCUGAGGCAAAAGAAUCUGUUCAGUGUGAGCGACUGCAAAAUGUACUGGCAGAGUAGUGGAGAGUAUCUCGCUGUCAAGGUGGAUCGAUACACAAAGACAAAGAAGAGCACAUACUCUGGAUUUGAGCUUUUCCGCAUCAAAGAAAGGGAUAUUCCCAUUGAGGUUCUUGAGCUGGACAACAAGAACGAUAAGAUCAUUGCUUUCGCGUGGGAGCCCAAGGGUCACCGGUUUGCUGUCAUCCAUGGUGACCAGCCAAGGCCAGAUGUCAGUUUCUACACGAUGAAGACUACACAACACGGUGGAAGGGUUACGAAGCUGGGUACUUUGAAGGCCAAACAAGCCAAUGCCCUCUUCUGGUCGCCCACAGGGAAGUACAUUAUUCUUGCUGGGUUGAAGAAUUUCAAUGGCCAGCUUGAGUUUUUCAAUGUGGAUGAGCUCGAGACAAUGGCCACGACUGAACACUUCAUGGCCACAGACAUCGAAUGGGACCCAACUGGAAGGUACGUUGCAACCGCAGUGACAUCAGUCCAUGAGAUGGAGAAUGGGUUCACCGUGUGGUCAUUCAAUGGAAAAUUGCUUUACCGUGUACUGAAGGAUCAUUUCUUCCAGCUAACGUGGCGCCCAAGACCGGCAUCAUUCUUGUCUCCAGAGAGGGAAGAAAAUAUAGCAAAGAACCUGAAGAGGUACAGCAGGAAGUAUGAGGCGGAGGAUCAGGACGUGUCGUUGCAGUUGAGUGAACAAGACAGAGAGAAGAGAAGGGCUUUGAAGGAAGAAUGGGAGAGAUGGGUGAUGCAGUGGAAGUCGCUGUACGAAGAGGAGAAACUCGAGAGACAAAACCUCAGGGAUGGUGAGAUUAGUGAUGAGGAAGAAGAUGAUGAUGAAGCCAAAGAAGUUAAAGAAGUUGAGUUUGAGGAUGUUAUUGAUGUCACUGAAGAAGUCGUCGAAGAAUGAAUCUAAGUUUCACACUUCUCUGUUUUAUUUUUGCCUUUGGUGUCCUUCGGAUCUGUGUCUCCUAGACAAAAUGUUCUUCUUUUUCUGACUCUUGUUUAAAAUUUUAAGAGAAUUUCAAUUUUGGUUCCUUGGAUAUUAAGUUAACCGAU